AUGGGUCCAGCUCCCGGUCUGCACAAACUGAGAAACCUCGGCUACAUGCAAAUUCACUACCACCUCCUCGCAUGGAUAUCACCACUCAUCGCCGGAAUCGCCAACUUCAACGCCGCUACUGCCACCGAUACAUUCGAGGACCUGGCACUCGAAGAGCUCCUCUCACCAAAACUUGAGGUCCUGAAGAUCACCAGCGUCCUCUUUUCACCCCAAGGCAUGGAAAUCGUCGACGAGAUCCUUGAAAAUGGAGAAGAGGUUGUCCCUCGCUUGAGACGUAUCAUCUUACAUGAGUACUACGUAGAUGAGGAGGAGGCGAUAAAGUUGCGAGCUGUUGCUGAAGAGGCUAAGACUUUUGCUCGUGCACGCGAGGAGCUUGAGGCGGGCGGAAUAAAGGGUCCAGCUUCGUCAUUCAAGGAUAUGAUUGUUAGUAGAGCAGAGAGAUGCAAGGCGAAGGGGAUUGAGCUGGUGGUGUUGUGUGAGAAUGUGGUGGGAAAGGAGCUUCUACAGAAGGGUACUUGA